ACAGCUCUCUGAGCAAUAGGAGUCACAAGUUGACUCUUUCCCUCUCCCUCCUCCUCUUCCUCUUGCAAGCUUAGCUUUCUUUUGCUCUUACAUUUAGGUGUCUCCCCCUUUCACGUGUCAGAGUUGGACAAAUAUUAAUUUAAAUACUCUUUAAAACCUAUUAAUGAAUUUGGAUAGAUAGUACCUAGUAUAACAGCAGAGCAAAGAAAAAAAAGAAAAGAAAAAAAAAAACAGGCGUAAAAAAAGUCUCCUUUUCCUGACUGCCUGUAUUUUUCCUUUAAAGGGCUAUUACAAAGAAUCCUCUAAUUCUGCUUAUCCAUAAAAUUGACUGGGAGCCUAUAUAUUGAAGGAUUCCACUUUUGCCCUUAGCAAAAAAGUGUAAAAGUAUAACUUUAAAGUAUUAUUUGAAGUUAUGUAGGUUAUUCCAUUGAAACUUCCCCAUAUAUUAUAUAUAGCGAAUUCUGCUUUUUAGGAACCAUACUUGGAGGCAGAGACAGAAAAAAAACAACAACCCUAAGAAGUGGAAAAUUUAAUUAGUUUUUGAAGAAAUCUCCUAGACGGAUCCUAUUUUUUCGUGAAGAGUGACAUUUUUUGUGUGGAUCCUAUCCUGUGGAGAAUUAGCUGUACCCCUAACCUGGACCAGUGAUGGUACUCCUGUCACUUUGGUGUGUAGUAGCAGUGUCUGUAAUGAUCUGCAAGACUUCGGCUGAAAAAGCUGGUAAUGAACAGUUGAUCAAAAUAGGUUUAACUAAGACAAAACUAGUAGAGUAUGAACUGAUAACACCAAUAACUACAGAUGCAGAUGGAUAUCAUGUUUCUAACGUUUUAUCCAUUGGACACAAAAGAAGGUUCACAAGAGAUAUAUCACAAAAUCAACAGCCUCUGUAUUUCAAUGUCACCGCCUUUGGAAAAGAAUUUCAUCUGAAGCUGAGACCAAAUACUCGACUAAUAGCGCCAAACGCAGUAGUAGAGUGGCAUGAAGAAUUUACUGAUGCCCAAAAUGGAACCUAUAAUGGAAAUGAGCAACUCACUGAAAAUAAUCAAGAGAAAACACUAAUAAAGGAGCCUUUGUGGACUAAUUGUGCAUACGUGGGAGAAAUAACGGACAUCCCGGGAGCUUCUGUUGCCCUAAGCAAUUGUGAUGGUCUGGCUGGGAUGAUACGAACAAAUGAAGAUGAAUAUUUCAUUGAACCUUUGGAAAAAGGGAAACAAACGGAAGAAGAAAAAGGAAGAAUACAUGUAAUAUACAAAAGGUCUACUGCAAAGCAAGUUUCCCUUGAUGAACCACAAACCACACCAGAGGCAGAUUUUUCCAGCCUUGAUGAUUUAGACCAUAUUUAUAGCAAUGUUGAAGAGCAAAUAAAUGAAAGACGCCGCAGACACACAACGGAAAACGAUUACAAUAUUGAAAUACUACUUGGCGUUGAUGACUCGGUUGUCAGGUUUCACGGAAAAGAACAUGUACAGAACUACCUUCUUACCUUGAUGAAUAUUGUCAAUGAAAUUUAUCAUGACGACUCCAUUGGCGUGCACAUCAAUGUUGUUUUAGUCCGUAUGAUAAUGUUGGGCUACGCAAAGUCUAUCAGUUUAAUUGAAAGAGGUAAUCCUUCUAGAAGUUUAGAUAAUGUUUGUCGCUGGGCAUAUCAGCAGCAGAGAUCAGAUCCCAAUCACUCUGAACAUCACGAUCAUGCUAUUUUUUUGACAAGACAAGAUUUUGGCCCUGCUGGAAUGCAAGGAUAUGCGCCAGUGACAGGCAUGUGUCAUCCUUUUAGAAGCUGUACCCUGAAUCAUGAAGAUGGUUUUUCAUCUGCGUUUGUGGUUGCCCAUGAAACUGGUCACGUACUAGGAAUGGAGCAUGAUGGUCAAGGGAAUAGAUGUGGUGAUGAGACAGCUAUGGGUAGUGUCAUGGCUCCUUUAGUUCAAGCUGCUUUCCAUCGCUACCACUGGUCUAGGUGCAGUGGUCAAGAACUUAAACGAUAUAUACAUUCUUAUGACUGCCUUUUGGAUGAUCCUUUUGAACAUGAUUGGCCUAAACUUCCAGAUCUGCCAGGAAUCAACUAUUCAAUGGAUGAACAGUGCCGAUUUGACUUUGGUGUGGGUUACAAAAUGUGUACAGCGUUCCGUACCUUUGAUCCAUGUAAGCAGUUAUGGUGCAGCCAUCCCGAUAACCCAUAUUUCUGCAAGACCAAAAAGGGCCCUCCUCUUGAUGGGACAGAAUGUGCUCCAGGAAAAUGGUGCUACAAGGGUCACUGCAUGUGGAAGACCACUAACCAAGUAAAGCAAGAUGGCAACUGGGGAUCAUGGACUAAAUUUGGCUCUUGUUCAAGGACUUGUGGUACUGGUGUGCGAUUCAGAACACGUCAAUGCAAUAACCCAAUGCCAGUCAAUGGCGGUCAAGACUGUACAGGUUUGAAUUAUGAAUAUCAGCUGUGUAACACUGAAGAAUGUCCUAAGCACUUUGAAGACUUCAGAGCUCAACAAUGUCAGCAGCGCAAUUCCCAGUUUGAGUACCAAAAUUCAAAGCAUCAUUGGCUGCCCUAUGAACAUCCUGAUGCUGGUAAAAGAUGUCACCUUUACUGUCAGUCUAAAGAAACUGGAGCCAUUGCAUCAAUGAAGCAGUUAGCUCACGAUGGAACCCGCUGUUCCUACAAAGACCCAUACAGCAUUUGCGUGAGAGGAGAAUGUGUUAAAGUUGGCUGUGACAAGGAAAUUGGCUCAAAUAAAUUGGAAGAUAAGUGUGGAGUAUGUGGUGGGGAUAAUUCUCACUGUCGUACUGUGAAGGGAACAUUCACAAGGACUCCGAAAAAAACUGGUUACCUAAAGAUGUUUGAUAUCCCCCCUGGUGCUAGGCAUUUGCUUAUCCAAGAAGACGAGGCUUCUCCUCAUAUUCUUGCUAUUAAAAAUCAGGCCACAGGGCAUUACAUACUAAAUGGAAAGGGCGAAGAAGCAAAGUCUCGAUCCUUCAUAGAUCUUGGUGUGGAAUGGGAAUAUGUAAUUGAAGAUGACACUGAAACACUACACACAGACGGACCAUUACAUGAUGCAGUUGUAGUGCUGGUUAUACCUCAGGAGAAUGACACAAAAUCAAGCUUGACGUAUAAAUACAUCAUUCAUGAAGAUUCUGUGCCUACGAUAAAUAACAACAAUGUUCUACAAGAUGAAUUAGACACUUUUGAGUGGGCAUUAAAGAGUUGGUCUCAGUGUUCAAAACCCUGCGGCGGAGGUUUUCAGUAUACAAAAUAUGGUUGCCGAAGGAAAAGUGAUAAUAAAAUGGUUCAUCGCAGCUUAUGUGAAGCAAAUAAGAAGCCUAAGCCUAUACGCAGAAUGUGCAAUCUUCAAGAAUGUACACAACCUGUCUGGAUUGCUGAUGAAUGGGAACAUUGCACAAAAAGCUGUGGAGGGUCUGGUUAUCAAAUUAGGGCAGUCAGGUGCAUUCAACCUCUUCAUGAUGGAACAAAUCGAUCUGUCCAUAGCAAAUACUGUAGUGGAGAACGGCCCGAAAGUAGAAGGGCGUGCAAUAGGAUACCUUGCCCAGCACAGUGGAAAACAGGUGCAUGGUCUGAGUGUUCAGUGACCUGUGGUGAAGGGACUGAAGUAAGACAAGUGCUUUGCCGUACGGGUGAUCAAUGUGAUGGAGAAAAACCAGAAUCCGUUAGAGUCUGCAAACUCACCCCUUGUAACGAUGAACCUUGCCUUGGUGAUAAAUCUAUAUUUUGUCAAAUGGAGGUACUAGCCCGUUAUUGUUCCAUCCCUGGGUAUAACAAGCUUUGCUGUGAAUCUUGUAGUAAACGCAGCACCCAGGCACCUCCGUUCCUCACAGAAGCUGCUGAAACUGAAGAUGAACUUAUUUUUGACCCUAGUGACCUGUCUAAGGCUGUUAUAAUGCCAACACCUCUAGCUCCCAGAGAUGCAGAAACCAAUGCCGAGAAAAGAAGUAUUUUGAGUAUUCUAUCUUCAAUAGAAAAUGAUGGUGGCCUCAACAAUUUGGCCGCUCAACAAAAUAAGCAAAGGUUGUCUGAGACAGUUCAAAGGAAACCAAAUCUAGCAGCAAGCAAAGUUUUUAGGCUUGCAUCUAUGCAACAACCACCACCAACACGAAGCAGUAAUGUUAAUUCUCAUAAACCUCCUGCAAUUGCACCUGGCCACUUUAACCCAACAGGUAAUUUGUCUUCAGCUAGAACCUCAAAGAAAAAUGACAAGUUCUCUGAAAGAAGACGUUCUUUGCAGCCAUCUACAAUAGAAAGAUGAAGCUUCAUUUUUAAAAACUUGAGCUAAAAGUUCAGAGGACACCAUAGUGCAUCUGAAGAUUGUCCAAGCAUUUCAUCUGUAUAUAAUAGAACAUACAAAGUGCUGGUUCACUUACUUGCUGGUUUUAUUGUCCAUCCAUUCUUUGUCUUUCUGGUUACCUUGAAUUUUAUUGAGAGAAUCACCAAAGAUUCACACAAGUUGAUGAGUGGUUUGGUCAUCAAUAAACACAGGAGUGGCCCAGGACUAAUUUUGCACUUCAACCGAUUUUGUUUUAGGUCAUAUAUAGGGAGCAUUUAAAUUACCAAAAUUCCAUUUCCUGUCUAGCGAUUAUAUAUGAUGGGAACAUUGCAGUUUUCCUCUUCAUUUUACAUCUCCCAAAAAAGUCAGUAUUAUUUUAAUAAUGAUUGUAGUUUCAUAAUACUGUUUUUUCAUUUUAUUUCUGAAUGUUAAUAGCUCUCUACCAAUACCAACUGCCUUAUUUACAUCCCUCCAGUUGAACCUCAAGACUAGCCUGCAGUUUAAUUAAGGUGGUUUUCUAUGAUAUUCUUUGCAUUGCAUUGCAUAUAUCAUCACCCCAGUCUUCUAUAUUAAAAAAAAAAGAAGAAAACUUAGAAAAUGUUAUGCAUAAAGUCUUGGAGAAUGUCUUUUAAACCCCGUUGCUCAUGUAAGGCUGUGUGGUUCUUCUAUUUUAGCAUAUAUCUGUAGUUACUGCUAAUGCAUUGAAAUGAAGAAAGAUUAAAAACACAUCUUAUUGUUAAAAAGUGAUUCUAAGUAGAUUUUAAUAAGUAGAAUGAGUCUGGGACUGUUGAAUGUAUCAAUAUGUCCCUGUGCCACACAUAAUGACUUGCACGUGUCAAAUCACAUCCAUAAUAUUUGUUAAUAACAUAGAAUAUUGACUUCCCCCAAAUGGAGUGCAAAUUAGAGUAGCUGUAAAAAAUACACUAAUAUACUAAUUUUAUUUUAUUAUCUGAAAACUACAAUGAAAUGUGUUUUUGAUGCUGAAAUGUUUUCAUCCAUCAUCAGAGCAGGAAAUUACUAAGUACUUGUAUGAAAACUUUUAAAUGGACUUAUAUUUUUGUAGAGUGCUGAUCAAAGAGGGGAGAGAGAGAUAUUUAUUUCAGCAUGAUUCACCUAACUUUUCACAACCACAAUGCAUCUGACUGCAAUAAUGUACAUGUGAUUUCUUUUAAUCCAUAAUCAGCGUUUCACAAUUCCACCGGUCUUACUCUCUCAUGUAUCUGUAAAGUACUUGUAUAUAGAAUGUAAAACAAGAUAUUUAUUAAAAGUCGAUUUUCUAGAUAGUUAUUACAGAAUAGUCGUAGAUAUUACUAUUUGGCAUUUCUUUUUUUUUCCUGCCAAUAAAAAAACAGAAAGCAGUAGUUAGGUACAUGUUGCAUAAACACAUCCGUCAUAUGCAAUCAAUAUAAGCUAACAAAACUACUGUAGACAAAUUAUGAGACUAAAUACUUAAACAGAUGAUUGACAAUGUUUCUUACAUGCAUGAUAUAAUAGUUGCCAUAGUUAAUUAAUUUUUGACUUGCAUUUUUACAAGGGAAAAAAGUGUGUAAAAAUGUUUUUAAUAACAGAAAAUAAACAAUACACAUAGAAUAAUGUGUGUUAUUAGGAAUUAGAUUUUUUUAUAUUUUUUUUUAAAUAUUAAUUUUGAAAUGGAAAUAAAGAAGAAAAAAAAACAUUAUGGAACAUGGAUAAGCUUACAAUGACUUCCCCUGAAACCAAGUUUCCUGUCAUAGUUUAUAAAUUGUAAACUAAACAUCUAACACAUUGACUUGACACCUCAAAAGUACUGACGAUGCUUUAAAAAAAGACUUUUGAAGGUCAAAAUAUAACUAGAUUUAUCAUAGAGUAUUCGGACAACCCCAAAAUCACAAACAGUUAGAUACGUUUGUUUCCCUAGAAUUUGUCAAAUUGAUUGUUCAAUAUAUUUUCUGUUUUAUUAUACAGUAUAAAAUAUGGGUGUAGAUAUUGAUUUUUAUUGUACGUCCCUUUAUCUUUUGUAUUGUUUAUUCCUUACAGAGCUAUUUUCCUGUAUCUUUAAGUGUACACUACUGAUGCUGUUUGUUUUAUUGGGGAGCACUUAGCAAUAAAAAGCUUUUAACUAUCUA